AUGCCGCCCCGAGUUGUACGUGUGUUUCAAAAGAACGAAGUUGAAAAACCUUAUUGCGCGCAGCAUCGUUUUAUUAUGAUGCGAAAGGAAGAGAAAGAACAGGGUGCUGGAUUUUAUUCGGUGGUAAAUGACGCACCUUACACUAGUGUUUACGAGCAGGAAGCUGUCGACAAGCAGAGAAGCAAGCAACGAUGGAUCGGGGGGCCCUUCCGUACUGCUAUUGGGAAGGCGUCAAUGCAGGUGGUGCCAGAGAAGUAA